AUGGUGAGAUCUAAGAAUGGAUGUAUCUCUUGUCGUCGAAAAAAGAAAAAAUGUGACGAAGCUCAACCUAUUUGUACCCUCUGCUCCAACACUAAUUCAAUAUGUGAAUACUCAGUAUCGCAUGGGAUGUUUCUCCAGAAAAAUAAUAAAGGAAUACCCGAUUAUCAGGGAACAAAGCGUGUGAAAGUUCGGAAUAAAGAACCUGAAGAUAGCUUUGAAGAUACAAGUAGUGAAGAACAUUCGUUGAAUGAUGCUUAUCAACCUCAUAAAAGUAUGCAUCUUAGAUCAAUUACGAUGGAAAAGUCUAAUUUACCUUCAUAUCCACUUGGUUCUUUAUCGCCAGAGUUGGUCAAAGACGGGCACGGGUUAGACAUGAAUGAUUUGGUGGAAGCGGCAUCUAAGGACGUCGAUGAUCCAAUGCUUAUUCAAACCGACAAAAAAUCACCUGAAUAUCAAGAGUUGUAUGAUACUUUCAGAGAUUUCAUGUUUCUUAAUGCUGCUUCCCAAGGUCCACAAUCACCUGUUCAAAUGCCAUUAGGGUUGAAAGAUGUGGAUAUAGUCAACCACUUCAAAAGUUUUUUGGAUUAUAACACGGAAGUUCUGCUCAACGAAAUGCAAGAAAAAUUACCACAAGUCGUGAGUGGAAAUAGCCUAUUAGGUUUUGCCUCUUUACUGCCAAAGAUUGCGGAUUCUAUUACAGAAAUAACUUCUUUGAAAGACACAUCUAGUACCAGGGAAUUUUCUUCAACCAAGCCACAGAAUACAAACGAACAGAUUAGAGAUGAGCAACCAGAUCCUGUCAUUGAUGAAAUAAAAUUGAACCAUAGGGACUUUGAACUAUUUACCAAUUUUGUAGAAGAAAUAGCUGGUUGGUUAGACAUGUUUGAUCACAAAAAACAUUUCACUACAAUUUUUGUGACCUUGUCAAAAAAAAGUUUGCCGUUAUAUUACUCUAUUUUAGCUAUUUCUUCCCGACAUUUGGACGAAACCAAAAAGUUGCAAAAAAAAAAUGACCGCCUAACAUAUCACUUAUAUCAACGUUCAUUAUAUUAUUUAGUUCCGAUGGUGCAAGGCAACUCGAACAUUGAAGUUGUUGCAUCAUGUAUUAUACUUUGUGUUUUUGAAAUGAUGAAUCCUUCACCGCUGAAUUGGAGAAAACAUCUUAAAGGUGGUGCUACAUUGUUGAUGGCAGCGAAUAUUCACGGUUUCAGUGAUUCAAUGGAGAAGUCUUUGUUUUGGUGCUUUCUGAGAAUGGAUAUUUGUAAUGCGCUAAUAAAUGAUGAACCAACCCUAAUUCCAUUACGCAAAUGGGGCGAUUUCGAUGAUGAUGAUGAUUUGAUUAUCGCCGCUAGAUAUAAGGAAAAAUUUUUGUCAUUUUCUUCCCAGAAUUCGGAUAUGUAUAGCAAUUAUAUUGUUUUUCUUGCGGCAAGGACAGUCAAUUUGAUUUCCGAUGGUGAUAAAUUUCUGUCGAAAACAAUUAACUCAGUAGAUUUUGAAACAUCGUUUAAUGUCUUAUAUCAAGAACUAUUGGAAUGGUAUAUUAAUCGUCCUGUUACUAUGAAGCCUAUAAUAUGUCAUUCUGAUGAUGAAGAAUUUCCGAGGCUAUUGUUUAGCAACGGUCCUGGAAUCUCAGGGAAUCAAAUGUACCACAUGGUAAUGAUUUUAAUGAAUUCAAAUAAACCAAGAGCUUCGAAGAAAUGUAAGGCUGGUGGAAUAGAUAAUGUAUAUAAAAACCAUUUAAGUAAUGCAUGGCAUGCGAAGAGAAUUGUGGGGAUAUCGUUGGUGAAUAAAAAUGAUCAUGGCUGUUUGUCUAAUGCGUUGCAACCAGUUUACUUUGCUGGGAAAGUUUUAACUAGUAAAAGGGAACAUAAAAUUAUUUUGGAUUUGUUGAGAAAUAUCGAAGAUAUUACAGGGUUGAGUUGCGAAUGGCGUAUAAAAGACUUAGAAACAAUAUGGAAGGAUUAUUUUUAA